AUGAGGAAGGGACACCUGACGCUGGAGAAGAAAGUGGUCAGCUACAGACUGAAGAGGGGACACAUGAAGCUGGAGAAGAAGAACUAUUCAGGAAAGAAGCAGGCAUCUGGUAUUCUAUCUGUAAUGGAGUGGCCAGCACAGUCAACAGAUCUCAAACCCAUUGAGCAGCUGUUGUGGGGGCAGCUUGACCGUGUGGUACGCAAGAAGUGCCCAUCAAGCCAAUCCAACUUGUGGGAGGUGCUUCUGGAAGCGUGGAGGUGCUACCAAGACCUGGCUGGACAGAUGGCUGCAUCAUCAGGGGAGGACAUCCCUGUGAAGGGUGCAGAAGAGUUGAAGAAGUCGCUGUCCAGGCAGAUGGCCUUACUGGCGCUCAUGAACAAGACAGGAUAUGAUAUUCUGCAGGCCAAUGGACAGAGGAAGUAUGGCGGACCGCCACCUGAAUGGGAAGGUCCGGCGCCUCGGAUCGAGUGCGAGGUGUUCGUGGGAAACAUUCCCAGAGACAUGUAUGAAGAUGAGCUUGUCCCCCUGGUCGGAAGGGCUGGAACCAUCUACGAGCUGAGGCUGAUGAUGGAAUUCAGCGGAGAGAACCGAGGCUACGCCUUUGUUAUGUACACCAAAAAGGAGGAGGCCCUUUUAGCGAUCCAGAUGCUGAACCAUCACGAGGUUCGUCCAGGGAAGUUUAUUGGUGUGUGCGCCUCUCUGAAUAAUUGCCGCCUCUUCCUUGGGAACAUUCCCAAAGACAAGAGUAAGGAGGAGAUCUCGGAGGAGGUCAAGAAGGUGACAGAGGGACUGCAGGAAGUCACCGUGUAUCCAAGCGCUACUGGCAAAAACCGAGGUUUCGCAUUUCUUCAGUAUGAGACGCACAAGGAGGCCGCGUUGGCUCGACGAGAAUUAAUCAGUAGAAUGAGGCUGUGGGGCCAGAACCACAUGGUGAAUUGGGCCAAGCCCAAACACGGGAAAAGAGCUACUAUGCAACAAGUCAAAGUUUCCCAGGUAGGUAACCUAUCGGAAAACCCGACAGAGGAAACACUUCAACGAGAGUUGGAGCACGUCGGAGCAGGUGCGGUGGGGCGAGUGAAGAAAUUCACCAACCAUGCCUUGAGUCACUUCGGCCACCAGAUGGAUGCUACCGGUCUCAUGAACAGGACUACAGCUCAUGGAAACAUCGGAGACAUAAAACUCUUCAAGACAAACCUGGAAGCGGUGGGUAGAAGAUCAGGCAGUAAAAGUCACUUUGGAAGCAUGACAGAAGGAGGAGCCACCCCACUCCGAGGGAUAAUGAACGAGCGCUCUUCUCUGGAUUCCACCAUUCAAUCACCUUCUUCCCAGUGGAAUUCCAAGUUUUCUUCUGGCCCAGUAAAAGCCAACCAGGAUGUGUUCCCGCUCUUUCCCGGCACACCGCUUUACCACACCUGUCUGCAGCAACUCCAACGUGAUCAGAUCACCUCGGCAGUCAGCCUGCUGGAAUUAUAUUGCGGUCUGCACAAUUUGCCGUCCCCACAUUACAAGCUGCUCUCCUCACCAGAUCAGGACGGGAACCUCCUGCUUGUCUAUGAGGUGGUGAUGAUGCUAACACGAACCAGCUUCUUGCCUGAUACCUUUUGUGUACAGCUGGAAGACGCCAAAGAGCUCGCCGCUCGCCACACGUUGCAGAAUCUCGGUAACACGUGCAACCUCACACACACUAACGCAUCCUUCUUGAUCGAUUUGCCCGGUAGCCCGUCGUUCAUCCGGUCCGCUGAUCUGAUCCGUUAG